AUGGCGUCUCAAAUAUGGAUUGUUUACGACGCAAAAAACAUGUUGGUUUGCGGCACAAAAAUUUAUGCAAAUGAGUCAUGUACACCGCAAUUGUAUGAGAGAUUGAGAUGCAAAAAAGGAUGCAUGAAUUGUUGCGGUCAAAAAAACAGCCCAACAUUAAACAGAUCAUUUCAAAAGACAGACUUUACUUUUGCAUCAACUUUCAUCUCUUUCAUUGAACCAUUAAACAAUCACUUAACAUCAACUCUAAUCAAAAACAUGAAUCAUUCUGAAGAGGCGGUUCCUGAAGGCUGCCACUACAACAAUUGCGAAAAAUUAUUACCUCUCUCUAAGAUCAGGUCGCGAGAGCUAAAAGACGAUUCGAAUGUGGCAUACAAGAAACUUGAUAUAUCAUCGAAACACCACUAUGGUCGUUAUCAUAAAGACUGUUCAACCACCUUUAAUUAUCGCAAACCAGAUAUCGGUAUCGAUCGUUUAUUGGAGGUACAUCGAGAUUCACAGGCCGAUUACAACUAUAUUUGUGUGUUCUAA